AUGGUCCGAAUCAAGAUAAGCGGGGUUCCUAUUGAUAUGCCUUUUGAGCCGUAUCCUGCACAGAUAGUCACGAUGACAAAGCUCAUAUCCUGCCUAAUGACAGGAACAAGCGGGCUGGUUGAGAGCCCGACGGGGACGGGGAAGAGCCUGUCGAUACUGUGUGCUGUGCUAGGAUACAAUGAGCAUCUGAAGAAAGGGAUCGGAGGUUGCAGUGCCAAGAGAAGAGAAGGUGGAGGGCAGAAGGGAGAGGAGGCAAAGGAAGAGAAGCUGAAGAUAAUUAUAUGUUCGCGUACGCACAAGCAGCUUGACCAGCUGAUUGAUCAGUUGAGGAAGACUCAGUACAGGCCUAGGAUCUCCAUACUGGCAAGCAGGAGCCAGUAUUGUAUAUCUCCGAAGCUUGGGGAUGUUGCAGACAAGAACACAGGAUGUAAUGAGCUGGUGAAAAGCGGGAGCUGUGCAUAUUUCACUGGAAAGGAUAGGCUUGCAAAAAGAGUCGGGGACAGGAUCUUCGACAUAGAGGAGCUGAAGGGGGAGGGGCGAAGAUGUGGUGGAUGCCCCUACUAUGCAUCCAGGAUUCUGAAUGAGGAUGCAGAGGUUAUAUUUGCACCAUACAACUACCUUAUUGACCCAAGGAUAAGGGGGAACACGGGAAUCAGCCUUGAGAACAGUGUGGUGAUUGUGGAUGAGGCGCAUAACAUAGAAGAUGUGUGCAGGUCGUCUGGGUCGAUUGAGCUUGGGUCGCGGACCAUAGAGAUAAUACAAAACGAGAUUCUUGGUGCCGUGAAGAGAAGUGGGAUACUAGGGGAGGUCAAGCUAGACUUCAUUAACCUGAUGGAUUUCUUCAAGAAGCUUCGAGAGGGUGCGGAAAGCACCGACGAGUUUGACAGAGACACAUUUGGGGGGAAGCUUCGGAUAAGAAAAGGAAGGGAUAUAAAGGACGAGCUUGAGAGGAUGGGGAUAGGUAAGGAGUUUGUCUUGAAGAUCAAGAAUUCGAUAUACGCGAUUCAGAAGAAUGAAGAGGCAAAGGACCUGCUGAAUGUGAGCACGUUUCACAUACUAGAGGGUCUUGACUCUGUCUUGUCUGCGAUUCACUUUAGUGGUUGUGAUGCAUAUUCAUUUGUAUUCCAUAAGGUGAGCGACGAGAAUAUAAGGAACUCAAGAUCAUCAAAGUUUUCUUACAACUUCUGGCUUCUCGAUGCUGGAUACACGUUCCGGUCGUUUGUGGGCAAGGUUAGGUCUGUUGUACUUUUGUCUGGAACAUUGACGCCGUUUUCUUCGUUUUCGUCCGAGCUAGGACAUGAGUUUGCUCAUUCGAUUGUCGCACCUCACCUGAUCACACAAAAGCAAGUGUUUGUGUCUUGUAUAAAGAAGGGGCAUCUGGCGAGGGAGCUUACGGGGACGUAUGGAGUUUCUGACACGCCUCAGUAUCUGGACCAACUUUUGAGGAUCAUAGUGGAUGUGUCGAAUAAGAUCAAAGGCCACGGAGGGACGCUUGUGUUUGUUCCGAGUUAUAGCUUCCUAGAGAACCUGCAGAAGAGGAUGGGCGGGGGAGCUUCUGGGAUAUUGAUUGAGCCGAAGAGCGGAGCAGGAAACGAAUUUGAGAAGGUGAUGAAAAGAUACAAGAACAGAAUAGCAACGAAGCAGAGCGCUAUAUUUAUGUGUGUUUAUAGAGGAAAGGCAAGCGAAGGGAUAGACUUCAAGGAUUCUUUUGCAAGAGCCGUUAUUGCGGUUGGAAUUCCGUACCCGAGUCUCCAUGACCCACAAGUAGAGCUCAAGAAAGAGUUUAACGACAGAUACAAGAGCUUUAACGGACGGCUUUGGUAUGAGGCCCAGGCAUUCCGAGCAGUGAACCAGGCACUUGGGAGGGCGAUUAGGCACAAGGACGACUGGGGAGUAGUAAUGCUUCUUGACAACAGGUAUUCCGAAAAGAGAGUACAAAGCCAUUUGUCUAAGUGGGUUACUGAGAACAUUAGGGUCUAUGACUCGUACGAUGGAUGUGUCUCCGAGCUUUCUGGAUUUCUGUCUUCGAUUAAAUAG